CGCCGCGCCCGCCCGCUCCCCCUCUCUCCCCGGCACUGCCGCAGAGGCUCCACCGCAACGCGAAGCCCACACAGCCGCUCCGGUCCGCCCCUCCUCUGGUCUGUCACGCUCGGCGGCUCCUCCGAGAGGCUCCCUGCUUCCUCCCGCAGCUUCACUCCGCGAGCAGGAGGCAGCGGGAGCGGAGGGAGCGGCCGCAGCUCUCCGCCGCCUGCCCCCCGGUUGAAUAUUACAGCUUCACUUAUCCCCCGGCUUUCUCCACUGAUGUCCGACACACAGUAGACAUUCCAAACAAUAUUUGGCAGGUGCCUUUGCAGCUUGACAGCAGUUCUUUGAUACAGAAUGGAGGACACAUACAAAGACAGGACUUCAUUAGUGAAAGGGGCCAAAGAUAUUGCCAAAGAGGUGAAGAGGCAAGCAGUGAAAAAAGUGAAUAAAGCUGUUGACAAAGCACAGGAUGGCUACACACAGAGGUCCUACAAUAGAUUCCAGGAUGAGGAAGAUGAUGAUGAUUACUAUGGCCAAGGAGGAAAUUAUGGUGUAGAAGCUAAUGAUGAUGAAGGAUCAAGUGAAGCAACUGAAGGACAUGAUGAAGAUGAUGAAAUUUAUGAAGGGGAGUAUCAGGGAAUCCCCAGCAUGGGGCAGGGUAAGGAUGACAUGGUGGCCUUAGGUCAGUCCAUGCGUGAUGAAUACAAGGAUCGUCAUGAACUGGAAACAGAGAGGAAAGCUGAUGAAGAAGAGCUAGCACAGCAAUAUGAACUGAUAAUACAAGAAUGUGGCCAUGGUCGUUUCCAGUGGGCCCUCUUCUUUGUGUUAGGAAUGGCCCUAAUGGCUGAUGGGGUUGAAGUGUUUGUGGUUGGAUUUGUGUUGCCCAGUGCUGAAACAGAUAUGUGUAUACCCAAUUCUGGAUCAGGAUGGCUUGGUAGCAUAGUGUACCUUGGGAUGAUGGUGGGGGCGUUCUUCUGGGGAGGCUUGGCAGACAAGGUGGGAAGGAGACAAUCACUCCUGAUAUGCAUGUCUGUCAAUGGAUUCUUUGCCUUCCUUUCAUCCUUUGUCCAGGGCUAUGGCUUCUUCCUCUUCUGUCGCUUGUUUUCUGGAUUUGGAAUCGGUGGAGCUAUGCCAACAGUCUUCUCCUAUUUUUCGGAAGUGCUUGCUCGGGAGAAACGAGGUGAACACCUGAGCUGGCUCUGUAUGUUUUGGAUGAUUGGUGGCAUCUACGCUUCUGCAAUGGCUUGGGCAAUAAUUCCUCACUAUGGAUGGAGUUUCAGCAUGGGCUCUGCCUACCAGUUCCACAGCUGGCGAGUGUUUGUGAUUGUCUGUGCACUGCCUUGUGUCUCCUCUGUGGUGGCCCUCACCUUUAUGCCAGAGAGCCCACGGUUCCUGCUGGAGGUUGGAAAACAUGAUGAAGCUUGGAUGAUACUCAAGCAAAUUCAUGACACUAACAUGCGUGCUCGUGGUCAGCCUGAGAAGGUCUUCACUGUUACCAGAAUCAAAACACCUAAGCAGAUAGAUGAGCUCAUAGAAAUAGAGAGCGAUACCGGAACUUGGUACAGGAGGUGUUUUGUAAGAAUCCGCACAGAGCUGUAUGGUAUUUGGUUGACAUUUAUGAGAUGCUUCAACUACCCAGUGAAGGAUAAUACAAUCAAGCUUACAGCUGUGUGGUUCACCCUGUCUUUUGGCUACUAUGGCUUAUCUGUCUGGUUUCCUGAUGUCAUUAAACAUCUGCAGUCAGAUGAGUACGCAUCCCGAGUGAAACAUUUCCGCAACGAGGAGGUCUCACAUUUCGUCUUCAACUUCACACUGGAAAAUCAGAUUCACAGCAAUGGAGAAUACAUCAAUGACAGGUUUAUUAUGAUGAAGUUUAAAUCAGUAACCUUUGAAGAUUCACUCUUUAAGAACUGUGUUUUUGAAGACAUUACUUCACUGAACACAUACUUCAGGAAUUGUACUUUCGUGAACACCACCUUCUACAAUACAGAUCUCGAGCAGUAUAAAUUUGUUGACAGUGAAUUGAUAAAUUGCACAUUUUUUCACAUCAGGACAGGAUGCCAGAUUUCUUUUGAUGAUGACUACAGUGCCUACUGGAUCUACUUUGUCAAUUUCCUUGGAACUUUGGCAGUGUUACCAGGAAAUAUUGUGUCCGCCCUCCUGAUGGAUAGAAUAGGACGGUUAACGAUGCUAGGUGGUUCCAUGGUUCUUUCUGGCAUCAGCUGUUUCUUCCUGUGGUUUGGGACCAGUGAAUCCAUGAUGAUAGGUAUGCUGUGCCUGUACAAUGGCCUCACCAUCUCAGCAUGGAACUCUCUAGAUGUCAUUACUGUGGAGCUGUAUCCUACAGACAGAAGGGCAACAGGCUUUGGCUUUUUGAAUGCACUAUGCAAAGCUGCAGCUGUACUUGGAAACCUAAUAUUCGGUUCCCUUGUUGGUAUCACCAAAGCAAUCCCUAUUCUCCUUGCUUCUACUGUUCUUGUAUGUGGAGGUCUGGUAGGACUUCGGCUUCCUGAUACAAGAACCCAGGUGUUGAUGUAACUGGAAGAAACAUUCACUAUUUAUUUCCCUCUUUGUACAAAUGUCAAUUCUCCUGACUGAUAGUGCAAAGGCUUCAGAUUUUCAACACACAGUAGAGUGCUCAAAUGUCAGAAAUCAAAAUCAAAGGAUACUUUAGAGUAGCAGAGAUUUAACAACCUCUCUAUGAAAGUUUUAAAUUUCACUUUUGUUUGCUUGCAUACCUUGCUAUUCAAACCCAUUUCACUUCAAAGUGCAAAGCUACCUCUUAAAACAGUUUUGGUGACAUACCCAGGAAGGUAAAACCAUACUGAUAAUUAGAUAUUUAAAAUGCAAGCAGUCAGAUUAUUUCAAAAACACACGCUAAAUUUGGCCAUGGCAUUGUGAGCUUUGUAACAGUACAGACAUGCAAGUCAAUUACUUAGCAGUAUUGGUGCAGGGAAUGUUAAUGUAUCAAUGCAUGCAGCAUUUAUCAGGAAACUCAACUGAUCACAUCUGUACUGGGAACAGUGACCUUCUGCAGCUGUGCUUAGGUGGCAAAAACUCGUGGCAAAGACUCUUUCUUGGGAAACAUUUUUAGGCAGAUUCAGUCCAAGUAAAGAUUACCAACUACACCCCAUACUGGCUGAGGAGAAGGCAACAGCUACUGCAGGGAGUUUAAAAGUCCAUACAAGUGUGCAGCAGAGAGAAUAACAAAAUUAACAUUUUCACUUUUUGCCUCUGAUGCUCCAGAAAAAUUUUGUUUUAUUCUGACUUGUGGCAUCUGGGAUAUUUUUUCAUUUAAAACAGUGAACUUGUCUUGUUCCAGGAAUGAAUGAAUGCAAAUAGUUUUGUUGUUAGUAUGACUAAAGUUAGAAUCAGGCCAUUGAACUAUAUGAUAGGAAAGAUACUUUCAGAGUGGAAUUUAUAUAUGUAAAGGCCUUUUUUUUUUUUUUUCAUAUUUUCUACACUUUUUAACAAAACCAUUUUCUCAGCUAAUUUUUAAUAAUUCCAGAAAUGUCUGACUACUUAAUAUUUUUUACAUGUCUCUUUGAAAAGCUGCUAAGAAAUCAGCUAUGGCAAGGCUGCAGGGAGUGGUAAUGUUUUUAUUAGACCAAGUGCAUAGAGAGAAAGCAAAUGGUAGUAAAUACAUUUCUUCUAUGCUGUGGACCAUUCUGAUUACUGGAAAAUUCCCCAUCAGUCCUAAUGGCAUGCAGAAGAUUAUGGGAUCUCUAAAAUAUCAGCAUUACCAAUGUAAUACAGAUACAUUUAUAAAAUUAUCAAAGAAAAGAGGAAUGUUUCUGAUGGCAGAAACUGGCAUUGCUUUCAGUGGAGUUAAGACAGCUGAUAAACUAUCUGCAGAUUCAAGUGUCAAAUAACAAAUUUUCUAUAAAACGUGAGGAAAAUUUUAUUCAGUAUUUUUUUUCUAAUUUUGUCUGACAGCAUUUAUUAGGUAAAUGAAUCAUUGCCAAGGAACUAAGCUCUCAAAUAAGGUCACCAUAUAGUAAACUAGAGUUAUUUUCAUUGAUUUUUCUCUUGCUCUUAGAUGUGAACUUGGUUUUGGGUAGUAAUAUUUGACCCUGCAGUCUUUUUAAGUCAUCAUCUUUGUCAUAUUAAAAUAAUCAGUUAAAGUCUACAUAAGAAGAUGAUUCAAGACAUUUAUAAUUCACUGUUUAAUCUACUGAUUCUAGAAGUGACAUUCUCAGUUACUAACAAAUGUCUCUGCUACACAUUGUAGCAGAAAAAAUGUUAGCCCAAGAUGUUAUUUUCUCCUACAAAAUGAGAAAAUUGACAGAAUAAAAAAAGCAUGAGUAUGGAAAGCUAGGGGACAUUUUUUUUAUGUUGAUCAUUUAAAUAUGCUGUAGUAAGAAAAAAAUAAGUUUAGCAAGUGUGUUUAUUUUGGAGUGUUAAAAUGAAGACAUUUGAGAUUAAAUAUUUUAUGUUUAAAUCUGACUUAGACAUGUCUCUUAAAUUUCUAAACUAUGCUAAUAAAUGAAGAAGAAUUAUUUUUCACUAAGUUCUGGAACAAAAUUCUGGCCUUAGUCUUGCAUCUGUGGUUUUUGUCCACUAGUCAUAGCCUUUACGUUAUUUUAAGGCUCUUUUCUACAACUGAUAUUGUAUUUGAGCCCUUUUUCUCUGUGCAAUUCAUUAGUAGCACAUGUUCAACUCCUUGCACAUACCGCACAAGUUACUUUGAAAUCUGAAGCCUCUGUACUUAUUUGGAGUAAACAACCACAACAAUGGUAAAGUAUUGCUUUGUGUUGCUAUGCACUGUCCUCUUGCAGUAGUAUAUUCUGUCCAUCUCUGCAUGUAAUUCCCAUAAUACUCAGAUACAAGACUUCAUUCCUUCUGACCAGCUUGAAGGAAAUGUGUCACAGAAAAAUAAUAUUCAGAUUUUGAGGGCUAUGAUUCAAGUUUAACACUAAAAUCUAAUGACAUGAUUUCAGAUGAUUUUAUGUUGAUUUCAGUGUUGUUCUUAUUGUAAAUCCUGACUGCAUCAUAGGUCUGUGAUUAAGUCUGGAUGAAAUGGAAUAUUGUAACAACAGGAAUUAGCAGAGAUUUUAAAAAAUGGACUCUGCAUGGUCCAGAAUUAAAAUAUUCUCUGGUAGAAAAAAGAAAAAAAGAAUAGUGGGUAAGAUCUGGGAGAAUAAGAAAGUAAAAGAAAAAACUCGAGAACAAUUCCAACACAGGAAACAAAACCUAAAGUUAGAAUUUUCCUAGAUGGUAAGCUAGCUGGAUCAACAGAUUUGAGCUGGUGUGCAAGCCACUAUUAAAGUUGUUUGAACAAUCAAUAAUUUUUGAUUGAGCACAGUAAAGAUUUCUCUCAUAAAGACAAAAAAGUGAAUGCAAUUUCAUGCUAUAAAUAAUUUGGUGAGAUAGGUGAAAUCCACAGACUGGGACUGAAGUCUAUGGAGAUCUGGACACAAAUGUUACUCACAUUAUAAGCAAAAGUAAUUUAACCAGUCUUCAACAAAUCUGUCUUUUUUUGCAGCCUCCAAAGCAAUCACAGGUAAUAAAUAUUAAAUGGAAGGACCCGCACUUCCUUUCUAUGUCUAUUCACUUACAUGUCACACGAAGAAGCACCUAGUGGCAUGGCUAGAUUCCUAAUACACCAGAGAGAAGCAAACUUGAUCACUUUUGUGUUUUACAGUUCUAAAACAUAUGUAAUCAAAACUGCAAAUUUUUAUGUCACAGAACUGACUGACUGCUAGCUAGAAAUCCCCGUCAGUCUAAACUGAAGUAGGAUAUAACAUCUAGGAAUUUUCUUUGCAGAUGAAAAGCUCAUCCCAACAGCAGCAAUGACAAAAAGCACAAUGGCCCCUGAAAACACUGACCACUCACAGCAUUUAGAAUGCUGUUAACCAUGAUGAUCAACUCCUUUGAAAUUUGGAAACUGUCCAGAAAAGAGACCACAUGUUUUCAUUUUUGGCAAGGAAAUUUUAUUCAAAGUAGUUUUACACUUACAGUUUGUCUAAUAGUAGACCUCAAGUUAGCAGACUCUAAUUUCUUGAAACCAUCUUAUUCAUCAUGUUAGUAUGCUUUAGCCAACUUGAUUAUACCCAAGCUGCCACCCUGUCACUCGGAAGCAUGCACUACAACAUUUGGCAACCUUUGCACUGGUUGUUGAGUACAGGCUCCUGGGAAGGGAACUAGGAAUAGGUGUUCACGGUGGAGCGCCAAAGAGGAUUGGUAAUGGGUGAGAUACUGGGAAACCUUCUUACUCUUUUCUUGAUUUUAACCAGUUCUCCUACAGAGUUGUGUGCUAGAAAAGUUGGGCACUGAUGAAAAAGAGUUAGUCCUCCUUCCUGGUGGCUCUAGUAAUCUAGUCCUCCUUUAUCAUCUUAGGAAUAUGGGUCAAAGCUAACUCAAGCUCUGCUUGUUUUCUCUUCCUGCCAUUACAUGCAUUCCAUCCCAAAUUACUUUUCUUACUAGGGGACCAGCCUUAAAGAGAGUCAAAACUCUUUCACCCAAUUCUGACUUCCCAGGAACAUUCAGUAAGAAGUUUUGUUACGUAUCUUUUUUGUUUCAGUUAUAAUUUUAUAAAACAAUAUGGAAGGCAGCCUUAGAAGUCCUUCUGUUUGUGAAUCUCACCUUUUGAGACAGCCAGACUCCACGUUUCCCUACCUUUCGAGAAGGCUGACCUAAUACAAGGAGAGGUGUCCUCUCAGAAAGGCCCCUGAUGACCUCCUGAUUUGAGGGAAUCGUCUUGCCUGUGCAGCUAGCUCAGCUCCAUUCAGAGGUAGUUAUAUUCUGUAUUCUUUUUUUUCUUUUUUCUACCACUAUGGAGCUUUAUCUUUGAGUAACUGCUCUCGAGGCACAAUGGUGGAUACCAAUUCUCAGCAAAGUAAUAUAGUCCUCAGUCACUCAUAUGGACAGCCUCUGUGUGCUAGGCUUUAGUUCUCUUCCCCAUUCUGAGUUUUAAAUUAAUCUUCAUUAGUCAGAGAAAGCUGUUUACAUCCAGUCGCACCUCUUUACCUAAACAAGAUGAUAUCAUGCUAAUACAGCCUACAAGCCAUGUUUCCUGUUUAAUAACCUGGAAAUGCAAUUGAAAUUUCAAUCACAAUGUUAAAAAAUGAAUCCUUGCUCUCAGGGGGUCAAAGACACAAGAAGUGAAAACAGAAAUUCUCUGCUUCCUCUGGUGUUUUGAAAGAAAACACAUGUUCAGUAAUCAUAUUCCAGAAGAAAACACAUCUGAGAGACUGCUUUUCUGUUAUUUCCUGCCUUCUUGUUCAUUAAACUUACUGUAAAAUAUUAUGUAUUUGCCUGCAUUAGUACUUUCAAAUGCUGCUAGUUGAGAAAACACAGCAUGAAAAUACAGACUUUUGCUUGUACUUUCAAGCUAAGACAUGGUUCAGGCAAUGAUGUGGAAUUAGAAGAGACAUGCUAGCCAGAAAUCUGGAACUCAGUUCAAAACCUGAAUUAAAUAGAAAGCAUCAAUUUAUAAUGCUACUUGCAGAUCUCACCUUCAUUUAACCUCACAUAGUCUACAACCAGUCCAUGUUCUUCUAUCAGCUUCAUUUGCCUUCUUCUAAUAAUUUUAACAAGUGAUGCAAAAUAUAUUUGCAUUCACUCUCAUUAGCUGGGUUUCUUUUUUGGUUUUUUUUUUUGGUAGAGGUAAAUUUCCUAUUUCCUUCUGCAAAGGAAGGACCCUCCAACAUUUAGUCCCACUCUAGCUGUAAAAGAUUGUUAUAAAGAAUUUCAUCCAUUUUCAGGACCUGUUUUUUAAUGCACUGACUUGGCAUGUAAAAAGCAGAAAAAAGAGAUAAAUUUGACCUGAUUUAUUUACUUUUCUUAUUGAGCAUUUUGUUGAAUUAUAUACAUAGAUGCUGGCCUGUAAUAUGGAGUUCUAGGCCUUUGAAUACAUCUGGGGAACUCAAAAUUAACAAAGCAGUAGUUUUCAGCAGUCUUGUCCCACAACAUGCACACUAGUUAUAUUUAAUAGGACCAAAACACUUAGGGAAAAGUACAGUGCUUUCUAGGGCAAACAAUCUAUUCUCUUUGACAAAGAUCUAGAACGUAUUGCUCACUUUGGACCAGUACACAGUCCGAUAACCAAAGAUUGGGGAUUACUUAACAACAGAAGUAUUUGGGUGAGGAUGACCUGACAUGAAAGUAUUGUUCUUUCCAGACAGGAUACUCAUGAAUAUACAUUUUAAUGCCACAUAACCAAGAUGAUUUGUGGAGACCUUGUCCCUACUCUGGCCAUCAGCACAUUUGAGUUGUAGCCAGACACAUCAGUCCACAAGUGAGAGAGAAAGUGAGAAAGAGCUGGCAGGCACUUUCAGCAGUCUUUCCACAGCUAGCCUCCUAAGCUCAUUUCUCUUGGAUCCUAAGAAUAUGGUUUUUUGCUUAGUUUUCUACUUUCUAACUUUGGACAUCUACAACUUGCCAUUCAGUUUCCACCAGUAGUUGUGAUGAAGCAAGCUUAAACCACUUCAGUGCUAGAGGACAGCACAUAGCUCAUUGCCAGUAGAGUACUCUGCAAGAGUCCAGUGCCAUAUGUGCUGUUCCAGUUUCAUUUGUUGUCGAGCACUAGAGCUGUCGGCUAGCACUUCUCUUGUAAAAUUCUGCAUGUAAUCUUAUCUAUAAGACAUGUCUUCUAUCCUCUUAAUGUCUGCCUUGUAUGACCAUAUGUAUGCCCAUCCCCCACUGGCUAUGUGAUAAAAAUAUUUUGUGAAUCUUACAUGGUCGGUCUUACCCAGCUAAAAGGUGAUCCUUCAAAAGAAGAGGGUUGAGAAAAAUAAUGAAAUGGAAUCAACUUAAAUGUAAACAGUGAAGAGUAAUAGUUCAAGAUAUAGGCCUCAAUUAUUUUUAUUUUUUCAGAUGUUUUCUUCAAAUCCUAGCCUGAAGCUAUAUAAUAUUUUAUAUUGUAAAGAAAUAGUACACAGUUAGAAGUGAACACAUGUGCAGACAUAUAUGAGUAUACACACAUAUGGACACACCUCUGUAACACAGGUGAAUGUUAAAUUUACAAACCAUGUUUUCAUCUCUUUCUCCGUGACAGUGUUGUUUCCUUCAUUGUGCAUUAUUCUUUGAACACAAAUAACAUUCUGCUCCAUUCCUUGUGCAGAAACCUCUACUUACUCAUGUGCAAAAUUGUUGGGAUGCCAAGAGUCAUCUCAAUUAGCCAUUAGCUUCCAGUCAUCAGAAGGGGAUUCCUAAAAUGGUCUGAAAAAUGAGCUCUGACUUAGCUGUUGCCUUCCCCUGCCUGCCCACCCCACCCACCUGCCCCAUCACUCUGUGCCAAACAGCAAAGCAGCACAUCAUGCAAAGGCACUGGUGUUCCAGUGACUAGGAGAAACAGCACUCUCAGAUAAUACAUAACUCCUAAAAGCUAUGAAUUUUGUCUUAUUCAACCAAAAGGCCUUCAAAAUGGUCCAUGGGGAUAUCAACAUGCUAACUUCUGUGUAAUGUAUGAGAAAAUGUCUGUGAUUUUCUGUAUUGUAUGUUUUUCAUUGUUUCUGCAUAUAUGGCUGCUGUUGUUCUAGUGAUGUGGUUAAAAAAUUAUUUGCUACUGUUCUUAUCAGCAAUUUUUGACCAGCCUGAAAGACCAGAGCCAUUGCCAGGGUGUUUUUCAAUUAAUGAUUAACACCCAUGAAGAUCUUCUACAGUAAUUAGUGCCAUAUAAAGUCACGCAUACUAUAAAUCAAGCCAAUCCAGGGUGAAAACGUCAGCACAUACCCACAGACCAGUGACAGAAAGAGCUCUUCCAAAAGCUCUGGCAUCUACUACAUAUCUUCUUUGCUCUUUUCAGGAUGUUCACUCUCUGCAGUAUUCUUCCUCUGGCAGUGGACACGCACUUAUGCUGCAGAAGGAAGAAAGCAGAAGAAAGGGCGUAUUCCUUUCUCAGGAAGGAAUGUAUAUUUGCUAUAGGAAAGCCAGCUCUAUAAUAAGAUUAAAACAAACAAACCAACCCAUGCAGCUUGCUGGUCCUUUUUAUCCCCAUGUCUCCUGUGAGUCGGUAAACUAAAUACUAGUGCAUACCAAAACUUUGGGAGGAGACUAAAGGUAGCCAGGCUUACAUGGUAUUUCUUUUGGAAGGGAGAAGGUCUUUCCAAGGAGAAAACAUAUGUAAUGAGUGAAACCAUAGCAUAUAGUUUCUAAUUGUGAUCAUGAACUGGCGGUUUUAAGUAGAAAAUUGUUGUUCAAAUCUAUAGCAGCAGUAGAUAAUACUAUCUGUUAUACAGAAAUGUGUAAACAUAGAUUAAAAUCAAUGGCUUGGAAAAAAAAAAGGAUAAUAUUUGAAGAACUACUUAAAAACCACAACCUUCCAUCAUCUCUUUUGGACAAACCUUUUAGCACUUUCCUGUUUCUGCCUGCUACCAAUAUGGUGACUAAUUCCUUUAGUGCCUCACUAAUGAAAUGAAAGUCUAUAUUGACAUUUACAAAAAAAUUGAGAGCAGGCAUGAAAUUAGCACUGUAGGAAAGCUAGCUCAUUUAUAAGAAUUUUAAAAAUGCCCCAAGUUGCUAGUGUCUGCCUGCAUUUAUUGUCCUCCAAGUGGUUUAGGAUCCUACAAAGUGUUACGUGAAAGAAGCUUUGUAUGUGUAAUCUGAUUCCUGUUUAAAUCAGUGAAGCAGUUUUUUAGGAUCAGGAUCCCAGCUUUGUCUUUCAAAAAUAUUAAGUAUGUGUCUGUGUACGCUGCCAUGCUGGAAUUGCUAUUGUGAGAGAAAUGCAUUUUUUUCAGCCCUUUUUUAAAGGUGAAUAAUUUUAGCCUGGUUUUUCCUAUGAAUGUAGAGUUUCACAAGCAUUAAAAGGAUUUUAAUAGCAAUGCUGCAAGCUAAGUAAAUCAACUGGCUACUUAUUUUAACCAUUUUCUACAGAAUGUUGUAUUAAAAGCCCAAAUAAAAAAAAAAUAAAAAAUACUGUAUUACCUUCAGCUGCACAACAUUGUCACAACUAAAUUGUAUCUCAUACUUGGCCUCAAAUGUAUGUAGGAACAUACUGUAAAAAACUAGAUGCUUUUUAAGCAGGCCAUUUCCAUUGCAGUAUAAUGAAGUAUGUGCAGAAGUCAGGUAUCAAAGAUGAGGUACAGGAAGUAGAGGCCUCUUGGCCUUCACUGCAACUUAUUAGGACUGUAAGGCUACCAAUUUUCUUAAAAACUUGUUAGUUUUUUACUUUCACUGCAAUUUAUUGGUAUUGCCAGGCUACUGAUCUUCUUAAAAACCUGUUAGCAUUUUCCAAUGCUAAGCAACAGAAGGAAAACGUGUAUUCUUUUCUAGGUCUUUUUUCAGUUACUUUCUGUUCCCAGCUUCUACUUCUAAACUUCCACUCGGAUUUCCAACUGCUCUGAGCCAACUGGCUAUACCAUUUUCGAACAGUCUUUGGUGUACAAACACACAGGUAUGUCAGUGGGCAGACCGUUUCUGACAAUCUCCAUCUCUCAAUGCAAGGCAACAUGUACAUAUUGUAUAUAAGGGUAAGAAGCUACUUUAAAGUUGAAUUGCCAUUUUUUACAUGGGAAUCCAACUUCAGAUCUGCUAAUCUGCAUCAAGAUCUUGGCAAUGGUCCUGACCUCUCUGUUUUUUUCUUUCUUUGUUUCCUUUUCUGCUGUGUGCGCCUGGAAAGCAGGUUACAGUCAUCACUAUUGUAUAUAUGUGUUUGCAUGUGUGUGCCUUGAUGAAUUCUCUCUUUUGGAGUUCUGAAUUUUUCAUUUCAAGUCCAGCUGGUACAAUUGUGAACUCAUCUUUCCAGUACCCUCCUCUGCGUCAAAUUGCCAGCUUCCAAAAUGUUUGACCAAGUGUUUUGAUUAAGUCCUCUGAAGAAAGCUGUCUGUAUAUUUGUGAAAGGGCAUGCUCUGUGUAGGAUGACUGUGUACAGUAUAAAUCUAUAAAAUGUGGAAGUGUUUAUAAAUUUAUCUGCAAAAUAUUUAUCAUCUGUGUAACAAAUGCAGUUAUUUAGUGUACAUCAGAUUAAUAAAUGGGGAUGAUUUUUUGCUCUGCUAUAUUAAAAUAAAGAUAUGUUCUCUGCAAUGAAUA